AUGAACAUAACAAAAAAAAUUGAUUUAGAAUUGUGCUCUCAAUACAAUAAUCUUCAAUCAUUUUUAGUUUAUUUGGAUCAAACAAAUGACAUCAACACAUGUUUUGCUUGUUCUCCGAAUUUCCAUCUUUCAUCACUUUUAGAAUAUUUUAUUUCAAAUGGUGCAGAUAUCAAUGCUAAAAACGAAUAUGGAUGUACCCCUCUUCAUUAUGCAGCCAGUAAUAAUAGUAAAGAAACUGCAGAAAUUCUUAUUUCAAAUGGUGCAGAUAUCAAUGCUAAAGACAAAGAUGGAUGUACCCCUCUUCAUUAUGCAGCCAGUAAUAAUAGGAAGGAAACUGCAGAAAUUCUUAUUUCAAAUGGUGCAGAUAUCGAUGCUAAAGACAAAGAUGGAUGUACCCCUCUUCAUUAUGCAGCCAGUAAUAAUAGGAAGGAAACUGCAGAAAUUCUUAUUUCAAAUGGUGCAGAUGUCGAUGCUAAAGACAAAGAUGGAUGUAUCCCUCUUCAUUAUGCAGCCAGUAAUAAUAGGAAGGAAACUGCAGAAAUUCUUAUUUCAAAUGGUGCAGAUAUCAAUGCUAAAGACAAAGAUGGAUGUAUCCCUCUUCAUUAUGCAGCCAGUAAUAAUAGGAAGGAAACUGCAGAAAUUCUUAUUUCAAAUGGUGCAGAUGUCGAUGCUAAAGACAAAGAUGGAUGUACCCCUCUUCAUUAUGCAGCCAGUAAUAAUAGGAAGGAAACUGCAGAAAUUCUUAUUUCAAAUGGUGCAGAUAUCAAUGCUAAAAACGAAUAUGGAUGUACCCCUCUUCAUUAUGCAGCCAGUAAUAAUAGUAAAGAAACUGCAGAAAUUCUUAUUUCAAAUGGUGCAGAUAUCAAUGCUAAAAACGAAUAUGGAUGUACCCCUCUUCAUUAUGCAGCCAGUAAUAAUAGUAAAGAAACUGCAGAAAUUCUUAUUUCAAAUGGUGCAGAUGUCGAUACUAAAGACAAAGAUGGAUGUAUCCCUCUUCAUUAUGCAGCCAGUAAUAAUAGUAAAGAAACUGCAGAAAUUCUUAUUUCAAAUGGUGCAGAUAUCAAUGCUAAAGACAGAGAUGGACGUACAUGA